GAAAGCAAUAACGUUUGCAUCGAUAUUUUUAUGUUUCGUUUUAGGUGAAACCAAUAAAGGUAAAACAACAAAAGACGAUCUCAAAUAUUGGAAAUCAGAAAUAUCUGAUGACAAAAAACAGACAAGUAAGACUAAAGCAAUUGAUAAAAAUGAUAAAUCUAAUCUUCGUCAACGAGAACCUAAAUCAAAAUCGAAAAAAGAUGAACACUUUUCUAAGUGGCCUAAAGAAACCAGAUAUAAUAAAAAGAAAGUAGCACCUAGAUACACGAAAAUGCAGAUGGUACAGCAAGGAGAUACAACGAAGUCUCCUCAUUUGCCAAGCUCUGAAGAAGUUGAAUCAGUAUUGAGUCCUUACAGUAUUAAACAUCAACUUCUACAUUUUACGAAUAACUUUUCUAAUGCAAACGUAACCCUCGAUGUAAUUGGCCGAACUGUUGAAUAUAAUGAUAUUGUCUUACUUAAGAUGACAGAAAAAAAGGGGGACCCAACGAAAAGAUAUUUGAGGACCAAUGAAGGCAAAUAUGCUGAUGAUUCACAAGAGAAAAAGAUUAUACUUAUAGUACAUGGACUUAGUGUAAUGGGUGCAACAAAUCUUGAAUGCCUAUCACACGAAAAUGCUUUUCUUAAGCUCUUAUCUUAUUAUACUGAUUAUUUAGAUGAAUUUGAUAUAUUCCUGAUACCAAUGGCAAAUCCAGAUGGCAUUGCUGCACUAAGGACUUCCAACCCGAUCUGGAAUAAGAAUGCCUCACCUCAAAAUGAUUGUCCGGGUGUAGCAUUAGAUCGAAAUUUUGAUAUAGCAUGGAAUAAUAAUGUUUCUAUCAACUCCUGCCAUCAAGAUUAUCCAGGCUCAGCACCAUUUUCUGAAGCGGAAACAAGAGCAAUACGUGAUAUAUUUCACAAAUACAGUCACAAAAUAAUUGCUUAUUUAAAUGUGCAUGCUGGAACUUACGAUUCCACUACAUUCAAGGGUGAUGCUGUUUUAUAUCCCAAAGGCUAUACAGAGUCUUCAGAUGAUGAUAAGUAUAUUGAUCUGAAGGGUGAAAUUGACGAAGCUAUGAGAAACGCAAGUUUUCAGGUCAUAUCGGUAACUGUUGACACAUUGUACAGUUGGUAUGGAAAGGUUACUGGAUCAAGUGUGGAUUAUGCUUUUGAGGUUUAUGGUAUACCGUUUGCCCUUGAACUAGCGAUGCAAAUAUAUCAGAAUCCGAUUGACUACGGAGAUCAUCCCGACUACCACGAUAAUGCCCUCGUUGAAGUGUGGGGCAGAGUUAUUGACGUCAUUUUAAGUUUUAUUUGGAAAUCGCAUAAUGGAAACGAAAUUCAAUAAGAUCUUACACGAAGG